AUGCUUGGUGGAGGAGGGUUUGGUUCAAACCAAAACCAACAGUCUUCUGGAGGAAUAUUUGGAGCAUCUACCUCUUUUGGUGUUGGGAUUGGCCAGCAAGGAGUAUCGCAAAAUAUUAAUACAGUACAACAGCCUUCGACAGGAUUGUUUAAUUCAUCUACACCCCUAUUCGGAGGAAAUGUGAGUCCUGGUUUAUUUGGUAGUGCUGGUUCUUCUGGUUCUGUAUUUGGAAAUACGGGGCAAUCUUCGGUAUUUGGUCAAUCUUCCAACGGUCUUUUUGGCCAAUCAAUGGGUGCAUUUGGAGGAAAUCAACAAAUUGGCUCUAGUCAACCAAGUAUGUUUGGUUCAAGCUCCUCUUCUACGAUUUGCUCUAACUCUGGUUUUUUUAAUACUAGCUCAGCAAACAAUUCUGGAGGUUUUGGUUCUUUUCAGAACUCAUUCGGGGCUUCUGGAGGGUUUGGAAGCCAGUCAUCUCAAAGUAAUCCAUCAAACUACUUUGGGCAACAAAACAAUGGUAUUUUUGGCUCAAUGCCUGUCCAAACUUUUGGAAAUACAUCAACAUCACCUUUUGGAGGCACUACAGGUACAAAUACGAAUAUUUUUGGGUCAAAAAAAGGUACAAAUGGAAUUACGUUUCAACCUGUAGUUGACAGAGAUAGUGAUGCCAGAAUUAUGUCUAUUGUAUACCAGAAAGAUAUUGAUCAGAAGAAAUCAGUUGAAGAGCUUAGAUGGGAAGAUUACCAAGAAAAAAGAGGACCUGUAAAUAGUUUAUCAACAAUUAAUACAAAUUUCUCAACAAAUAAUAAUACUUUUGGCAGCGGUUCGUUUUCUUCUAACUCUGGAGGUUUUGGUUCUGGCCCACAAGGAUCUUCUAUCACAAGCUCAAUAUUUGGGCAACCACAAACAUCCUUUAUAGCGUCAACGACGCCACAGAAUUCACUCUUCGGUUCCAGCAAUUCAUCUUCAGCUUUAGGACAAACCUCAAUUCUCGGUCAAGGGCUUCAGAAUUCACAAUCAAGUUUAACUAAUCCUCAAUUUGUGUCAAAUAAUAGCGGAUUAUUUGGUACCUCGAAUAAUUUAAAUUCGUUUGCACUUCAAUCUUCAACUAACAGUUCAAACACAGGAUUGUUCUCCACUCCCAAUUUAUUCUCUAGCAAUAGUAAUAACAGUAAUACUAUUAAUACCAGUAACAGUUUAGGCGGCGGUAUUAACUUAAACAGUGGAAAUUUGUUUGGGCAGCAACCUUCAAACUUGGGAUCGUUAGACAGCUCCUUUAAAACAUCAAAUUCUUUAUUCGGGGGUGCCCAAACAACCUCGACUAAUACUGGUUUGGGUCUUUUUAAUUCAAAUUCAAAUACUCAACCUCAGAUUUCUUUGUCAAAUUCCUCGCUUGCAAUGAAACCAUUGUUUGGAAAUCAGACACUGAGCAAUUCAAAUUUAGGUUCCAGUACCGCUGGCGGAACCAACUUGUCAUUAUCUACGAAUUUAUUCGGUUCGACUCUGCCUGGCUCAUCCAGUUUGUUUAGCACCAACUCUUGCUCUAAUAAUUUAUUUGGUUCUACGCAACCACAAAGUGCACUCAAUAACACUAAUUCAGGUACAACUAGCUCAAGUUUAUUUGGGAAAUUAUCUUCGUCUCAACCAUUUAGCUUUGCAAACAUUAACCCCUCUAAUUCAUCAUGGACAUCUUUAAAUUCCGGAGUUUCAAACGCUACAAUUAGUCAAACAAAUUUGUCAGGAAGCUCCCCGAUGAAUAACAAUUCAAUUCAGCUUCAAAAUAUAUUAGGGGGUGGGCAACCAAAUAAACCUACAUCUUCUCAGGGUUCGUCGAUAGUUUUAGGUAAUGGGCUUUCCACUUCAAAUAAGCUAUCCAAUGGUAUACAUUCCAAGCCAAUAACUCAGAAUUCAAAAUUCUCGGACUCGACUGAUAGAGGAAAGUCGCUCUGGCUUUGGAAGCCACUACCGCAAUUUAUUUCUCGCUCUAAUAGGUAUCAAAUUGACGGUUUGAGCAAUUUUUCUCAGGAAGGAGUUACGAAUUCAUCAGAACUUGCUCUUCCCGCACUUGCGACUGAGAGUGCAAGGCACAGCACAUCACUUUUAACAUCCGUUAGACGAAUCGAGAAAACAAUUGACCCUCAGACUCCUGCCGCAUUUCUAAGCCUACUUGAACGUCAACAACAGUUCUACGAUGCAGUACAAUCUCCGGAACAAAGUAGCAAUUCACCUGUGAAUUCCAAGACAAAGUCUUUGGUAUUUACUACAUCUCAUGCUACCAAGUUUGUCCCUAUAGACGAGGCAUUUGAAGAUGCAAUCGAUGAUUCAAGUUCAGCUACUUUUUCUCCAAUAGUUUUAAAAGCUGAGAAUAAAUCUAUUUCUGAUGGUUCAAAAUCGUUGAUCAAUUUCGAUUCAAUUUCGCGUAUUUCACAAGACGUGCAAAUUUCUAAAAAUGACGAUUCCAGGAAUUCAAUUGGUAGGGUAAGUAUUGAAAGCAAUAAUUUAGCACGAACACCAUAUUUGAACCAACACAGAAGCUCUGUAAAUUCAAUUCCAGCGGUGAGUAAUGAACGCCAGGCUCGUGCCUCUAUAGGCCUGACAACUCCUAGACCUAUUACUAGAAGACCAGGACAGUUGAUAGAUAACAACAUUUCUUCGGAUGUAAAUAAAUCCUAUUUAAGGAAGCAAAAAGAAUACAUUGUUGAAUCUCUAACUCCGGUACUUACCAAAACAGACUAUUUCUGUAUUCCAUCAAUAGAAGUGCUAAAAACUUUUUCAGAAGAGAGGCUUGCUAUUGUUGAAGAUUUCAAAAUAGUUAGAGAAGGUGUUGGAGAAAUUAUCUGGCCUGGGGUUACCGAUUUACGAGGGAUUAAUCUUGAUUUAGUUGUUUCCAUAGAACCUCUUUGUGUAUCAGUAUAUGGAGACGGAGAUUCUUCUAUUCCUGUAGGCGAGGGGUUAAAUAAGAAGGCUAUUGUGACGCUAAAGAAUUGUAAACCGAAGAGAGUUUUAUCUUCAAAAGACCCGCAAGAGAUAGAUAACUUUAAUAAAAAUCGUGUUAAACAAAUUAAAUCUUACACUGAGCAAAUGGGAGCAAGGUUUAUUUCACUUGACACUGUCACUUGGGAAUGGAAAUUUGAGGUUACACAUUUUUCUAAAUACAGUUUUUUAAACGAAGAUAGCCCUUUAACUAACUUUGGAGAGCCUCAAUCUACUAUAACCAACGACACAAAUUUGAUUGCUUCCCCAAAAGAAAGUUUAUUCGGUCAACACUCUAAGCAAGAGCAACCUAGCGACCAUUUUUUUGCAAAAACGAGCCAAUAUAAUUUUAGUUUGUACUCAGAGAUUAGAAGCAUAGUGGAAAAAAAUAAAAGUUUGAAAUCUGCUUAUAAUGCAAUCAGCUUUAGAAGUGGUAUGUAUAUUGGCUCAAAUGGUUUUGUUGUAAUACCACAUAGAUCAUUUUUUAAGAGUAAUCAUAGUAUUAGUGAUUAUAAUACAUCGAUUACGAUGUUUAAAAUGAAUCAAAUGAACGAAUCUGUGUUAACUGAUACGAAAAAUAAUUUUUUGUGUUCUCGAAGGUUAGUUUCAGCUUGGUUUAGGCUAUAUUUGGAAAUAAUUGGAAGUGAAACGAUUGAUGGUUGCUGUGAAAUUUCAAUCGAGUCUAUUACAAAACUUGUUUUCCUCUUUUGGAAUAUCACAAAAAAGGAGUUUGAGUUUUCUUCGUAUUUAUCUGAAUUCAAAUCUAAUUCUUUGAACCUUGAAUAUUUAAAAUAUUUUGAACAAUCAUUUUCUAUGAUUGGUGGGAUAUUAGAAUUGAUAAUUAAAGAUACAAAUAGUCAUUCUGAAAAGCGCUUAGAAACAAGUUUGAGAGAGUUUAUUUCUUGGUGGUUAAAGAUGACUUCCAAAAAUAUUCCUAAAAUUAAAGUGAAAAAAUGCAACCAAAGUUCUCAAGAUUUACAUGAAGAAAAAAUCCAUUUUCUCUUUAAUCAUAUUUUGAACGGAAAUUUAUUCGAUAUAGUUCAAAAUGAUACAAAUUUAUCAUAUUUGACGAUUCCAAGAAUUGUUUCAUUGUGUCUAUCUAUUGGAAAUAAUAGAGGUUCUAUUUUUCAGAUAAGAGAAAACCUGCAGUGGUGGUCAAAAAUUGGUAUUAUUCCGGAUUUAACGCAUAAUUCAAAUAAGAUAUAUAAAACAAUAUCUAAUACAGAUGCAUAUGUAGAUGACUUUGCAUACGAAUGGCAGACUAAUAUAUUGUUGUCUGUAAAUUACUCAACAAAUUCAAAGCUUUGUGAAAAGUUCAAUAGAAUAAAAAACAUUCCUUUAGUCGGCGAUAAACGUGAAUUUGGAAACUUGAACAAUUCAGAUAGACUUAUCGGUAUGGAAGAUACAUACGAAGUGGAUGAAAAAAAAAUACUCUUUGAUCAAAUACAAUUCCAAAUAAUUAAAUUUUUCUUUUGUGAUGAAAAUUCUAGACAAGCUGAGUUAUUUAGAUUGAAUAAUUCGGGCUCGAUAAAAUUUUCUUCUUCAUUUAUUUGGCUAAUAACGAGAGUCCUCACACUUUAUAACAAUAUUAGUUGUAAUGAUAGUGAACUAAAAUUUUCAAAUAAAUUGAAUUUAGCGCUUAUACAGGAACUUGAAAUUCUUGGAUUGUGGGAGUGGGCAGUCUAUGUUAUAAUCCACACCAAUAUGAAUUCAGCAUUUGGUCUGCUCAAUUGCAUUAUUAUGAGGAAUAUACAAGAGAACCCAAAUUAUUUGAAUCCUGAGGACUACUUGAAUGAUGAAAAAUGGAAAUUUCUAGUCAAUAGAUUAGGGGUCCCAUCCAAUUGGUUAUUUGAGGCAAUUAUUUACAAAUUAGAGUCUAAUGGAAAUGUUUUGCAAUCGUUAAGAUGUACACUGCACCUAAUUAAUUGUCUAAAAGGGAGAAAACAUGAAGUUGGAGAUUUGUUUUUUCAUAAUUCAGAUCAAAUCUCUACUAUUAAUAAUUUGGCAAUAUCCGCUGCAAAGAAGCUGUUUGACGCAUCGCUUUUACCGACUACAUUGAUAAGAAUAUCGGUCCUUUUGAAACAUAUUAUAACUGAAGAGGAGACACUUGGUGAUGUUAAUAAGUGCUAUGAUAUCUACCAGCUUAAUGCUGCAGAAGAUUUACAAUUGAUCUUCUGCUCGGAAGGUAAAGAACAGAUUGUGGCAGAUAUAUGGCAAACUUUGGAGUUGAUAUUAGUUAUUUCGAAUCAGUAUAUGAAGUUUGCAAUAAGAUUACUAGAAAGCAAGUCGUACUCUAUAAAUCAAGAUGAAUUUAAAGAUAUUUUGUCAAAAUUGGAUAAACUUGUAGUUUUGAGGAAAGAUUCGAGUAAAUGUUUAUUUGAGCCAUGUAUUAGUAAUAUAAUAAAUGAUGAAUGUUGGGAUAUAAUUUUAAAUACGAUAGAAAUUGUUAAACAUCUAAGCAAAGUAAUUUAA